AUGUUACCAGCCCAGCGUCCAUGUACAUGUAGUAAUCGCCCAUCUGUGGAACCGCGGGUGAAGCUGGACUACCACUGCUUCUGCUUCUGCUUCUGCUUCGACCGUCAUUCUUCCUCUCUUGCUUCCCUCCUCCCUCAAUCCCAUCGCCCUCUCCCGCCCCUUCAUCGGCAACCAGCCAAUGCUCCUGUCCUCUGCUUGCAAGCGCGCAUCUCCUCCACCAGCUUCAUCUGCGUCUUGCCCGGCCUUCUGAUUCCAGCCUCCAAGCUGCCAUUGCGCGCGACGCCCGUCCGGAUCCUUACGUCAUCAACCUCGUAUAUCAUGUCUGACGGCAUUGCUCCAGCUGUUGACAAAGUCGGUCCGCCUGAGCCCACAGCUCCCGAAGCUCAAGCUGGAGCUCCGACCUUGGCCAUGGACGCGGACACUGCCAAGCCAGAAGCCUCUGUCAAUCUCCCAACUUCUCUUGAGAAGCCCAAAGAGCCCCCCAUCAUUGCUGAGACCAAAGCUCCCGAGGAGGCAAAGCCGACGGAGGAGCCUCUCUCCAUCGCUGAUGCCUUUAAGCUGGCUCAUAAAACCCCGCGGCCCGUCGAAGUCCAGUCCGUCCCCGAGACUCCCGUCAAUCUGGCGACGCCCGUGAAUGGGUCACCACGGCCGGAGCUGAACAUCCCCACUGAGCCACAAGAGCCCGAGAAGCCGCAGGAAGAGCCCGUCAUCAUCACCGAGGCCGAAGAGCCGCUGCCAACUCCCACGGCUUCCGCCCCCGGCAGUGAUGUCGGCCCCGACUCCAUUGCUGACAAGCCCGUGACUCCAAAUGGCGAAUCGAAGCCGGUCGAGCUGAUGGCCGGCGCUCUUCAGACCAGCGCCGCAGACGCCAAGUCCGAGACGUCGGAAACGGCCACCGGCGAGAAGCGCAAGGCCGACGCGACUGCGACUGACGAGCCAGCCGCCGAAAAGGAAGAGUCUGAAGACAGCGAGCCCGCGGACAAAAAGGCCAAGAUUGACAACGGCAACGGCAACGGCAAAGCGACCAAUGGCGGACCCCGGAAGCCGGGCCGCCCCAAGAAGGACAAGAAGGCUGCUCCCGUCGUGGGCAAGACCUUGCGCAAGACUCGGAGUCAGGGACCCGUGGAGAUUUAA